CCGUGGCGCAGUCGCAGCACCUCGUACGUUUUUUUUUCGUUGGUGUUUGGCCGCUUGCUAGGGGCGACGAGUCGGGAUCGGGAACUCAGUGCGUCGCAUGAAAAAGGCAGCGUUGAAUUCCACGGGCGAAGCACGGCGGCGGGCGGCAGGCCACGGUGAAAAGACCCAAAGCACUGGACACCAACACCAUCAACCACGCCGCUGCGACUGGACGAACACGGCAAGUGCCGUCGCCAUCGGCACCGAGACGGGUUUUCUCGUCAGCGGCCGGCCGGCUGCCCGGCUUGGUUUCUGGUCCAGCUCCACCCCGCGCCGUCCGCACUCGUCAUCUCGGCGACGGUCUUGCACGUGGGCGCCCACGUCCACAUGUUAAACCCCACCUGCGUUCUAGCGCAGCCGGCAGCCCCCUCCCGUUUCACCAAGUACCACCAUGUCUGUCGCUCUGCCCAUCGCCGUCGUCGGGCUCCUCGCCCUCGUCGGCGCGUGCCGCUCGGCGGCCACGGACACUCUCUCGCCGCGCCAGGUGCUCGCCGGGAACGACACGCUCGUGUCCAACAACAGCAAGUUCACGCUCGGCUUCUUCAAGGCUCCCGACGGCGCCGCCGGCUCGGCCGACAAGUGGUACCUCGGCAUAUGGUUCACCGCGGUCCCCGGCCGGACCACGGUCUGGGUGGCCAACGGCGCGAACCCAAUCAUCGAGCCCGACACAGGAUCGCCGGAGCUCGCGGUCACCGGCGACGGCGACCUUGCCGUCGUGAACAACGCCACCAAGUUGGUGACGUGGUCCGCCAGGCCCGCCCACGACGCCAACACAACCACCGCCGCGGCCGUCGCCGUGCUCCUCAACAGCGGGAACCUCGUCCUCCUCGACGCAUCCAACUCCAGCUCCACCGCGGCGGCGGCGCCACGCCGCACGCUGUGGCAGAGCUUCGACCACCCGACCGACACGCUGCUGCCCAGCGCCAAGCUCGGGCUCAACAGGGCCACGGGCGCGAGCAGCCGCCUCGUGUCCAGGCUGAGCUCGGCCACCCCGUCCCCGGGGCCCUACUGCUUCGAGGUCGACCCCGUCGCUCCCCAGCUCGUGCUCAGGCUCUGCGACUCAUCGCCCGUCACCACCUACUGGGCCACCGGCGCGUGGAACGGCAGGUACUUCAGCAACAUCCCGGAGAUGGCCGGGGACGUGCCCAACUUCCACCUCGCGUUCGUCGACGACGCGAGCGAGGAGUACCUCCAGUUCAACGUGACCACCGAGGCGACCGUGACGCGCAACUUCGUCGACGUCACCGGCCAGAACAAGCACCAGGUGUGGCUCGGCGCGUCCAAGGGCUGGCUGACGCUCUACGCGGGGCCCAAGGCGCAGUGCGACGUGUACGCUGCGUGCGGGCCGUUCACGGUCUGCAGCUAUACCGCGGUGCAGCUCUGCAGCUGCAUGAAGGGCUUCUCGGUGAGGUCGCCGAUGGACUGGGAACAGGGUGACCGGACAGGAGGGUGCGUUAGAGAUGCUCCACUGGAUUGCAGUACUGGUAACAACAGCAAUGCCAGCGCGCCAUCUUCAACGUCCGAUGGCUUCUUCUCCAUGCCUAGCAUUGGGUUGCCUGACAACGGGCGUACCUUGCAGAACGCGAGGAGUUCAGCUGAAUGCUCAACGGCAUGUCUGACCAACUGCUCCUGCACUGCGUAUUCCUAUGGUGGCAGCCAGGGGUGCCUCGUUUGGCAGGGUGGGUUGCUCGACGCGAAACAGCCGCAAAGCAACGACGCCGACUAUGUUUCCGACGUAGAAACUCUUCAUCUUCGUCUCGCUGCAACAGAGUUUCAGACAUCAGGACGCAGGAAAAGAGGAGUGACCAUCGGUGCCGUCACCGGUGCGUGCGCUGCUGCCUUGGUUUUGCUGGCGCUGGCAGUAGCAGUGAUCAUCCGUAGGAGGAAGAAAACCAAGAACGGUCGAGGGGCUGCUGCCGGUGGUGGGCUCACGGCCUUUUCAUACCGAGAGCUGCGUUCCGCGACCAAGAAUUUCUCUGAAAAGCUCGGGCAAGGUGGCUUCGGCUCCGUCUUCAAGGGGCAGCUGCGUGACUCCACGGGCGUUGCGGUGAAGAGGCUCGACGGCAGCUUCCAGGGAGAGAAACAGUUCAGAGCUGAAGUGAGCUCCAUCGGCGUCAUCCAGCACGUCAACCUGGUGAGGCUGGUCGGCUUCUGCUGCGAGGGCGAGAGACGGUUCCUCGUCUACGAGCACAUGCCGAACCGGUCCCUCGACAUCCACCUGUUCCAGAGCGGCGGCGGCGUGUUCCUGGACUGGAGCACCCGGUACCAGAUCGCCGUCGGCGUCGCCAGGGGCCUCUCCUACCUCCACGACGGCUGCCGGGACCGCAUCAUCCACUGCGACGUCAAGCCAGAGAACAUCCUGCUGGGCGCGUCGCUGCUCCCCAAGAUCGCCGACUUCGGGAUGGCCAAGUUCGUCGGGAGGGACUUCAGCCGGGUGCUCACCACGAUGAGGGGCACCAAGGGCUACCUCGCGCCGGAGUGGAUCGGCGGGACGGCCAUCACGCCCAAGGUCGACGUGUACAGCUACGGCAUGGUGCUGCUGGAGCUCGUGUCGGGGAGGAGGAACGCCGGCGAGCAGUACUGCACGGCCAGUGGCUCUGGUGACGACGACGCCGCGCGGGAGGAGCUCGCGUUCUUCCCCAUGGAAGCUGCGAGGGAGCUCGUCAAGGGGCCUGGCGUAGUCAGCGUCAGCAGUCUGCUGGAUGGCAAGCUCUGCGGCGACGCCGAUCUCGUGGAGGUGGAGAGAGCCUGCAAGGUGGCAUGCUGGUGCAUCCAGGACGACGAGGCCGACCGGCCGACCAUGGGGGAGGUGGUUCAGAUACUGGAGGGCGUCUUGGACUGCGACAUGCCACCCCUGCCGAGGUUGCUGGAGACCAUAUUUGGGAGACCACACUCGUCAACAGAACAACAGACAACUACGGUUUCAGGCACGUCAACGUCACAACCCUUUACUAGUGGGAGUGGAUCACACAAUUAAUUUGUCCGUGUAUAAUAAUUUUUUAAUCGAAUAUCAAUAUAACUGUUGUAUAUUUGGUCUUAGAAAGAAUAAAAAAGAACAGUUGUAUAGUUCUGUACGAAAUUGGAGUUCUGCGGCUAAAAUCUAUUAGCAAUGCACGUAAUUUUGAAUCCUGGUUAAUUUUCUUUUUAUAG